AUUGCUACAGAGCUGUGUGUGGUCACUGAGGAAGUGGUCAUCUGAAGUUCUCUGGGUGAGGCCCAUCCACACUCUGAACUGCGCUGCACACGAAGUUGAGCUCAAGUCUCUAAACUAGAGUAACCCUUAUAUGGUUCCAACGGAUGUCAACCACACUGAUGGUGGCUGGUUAGUGGGUCCACAUGUCGGAGGACGAGCAGCUCCAGCGGGGGGGGGGCGGCCCCCUGGAGGCAGGCGAUGGAGACACAGAGCCCAGCAUGCUGCUGCAGAAACUCAAGAGCAACAUCCCGAAGAGCGUUCAGACCAAAGUGGACCAGAUCCUGCAAGAUGUUCAGCGUUUCUCCGACAGCGACAAGCUGUACCUGUACCUCCAGCUGCCCUCCGGAGACAAGAGUGGUGGGGGAGACUGUUCCUUCAACACGACAGACCAGCUCCACACCUGUAACUGGAUCCGCAGUCACCUGGAGGAGCACUCAGACACCUGCCUGCCCAAACAGGACGUCUACGAGACGUACAAGAGACACUGUGAGAACCUGCAGCUUCGCCCUCUGAGCGCCGCCAACUUUGGGAAGAUCAUCCGAGACAUUUUCCCGAACAUCAAGGCCAGGCGGCUCGGGGGCAGAGGACAGUCCAAAUAUCCUUUACACCAACCAGGAGCCUGUGUUACCGUGCCUGUUGUGUCUAAGUGUCUGUCUGACAACAUUAUGGGAUGGAUCCCUACAGAGAUAGAGCUUUUAGUUAAAGAGUAAGAUCCUUUUAGUUUAACAUG